AUGUCGGUCGCAACGAAGGGUGGCAUCCCCAUGCCCAAGAUCAUGAAGGCCGAAGAUUACUGGAGCGAAGCUCAAAGAGAAGCCUUCCUCGCCUUUGCCGACGUCAUCGUUCCCGAACUCGAUGCUACCGACGCUGCCGACGUCCUCUCCUACCUACCCACAGAGGCUACCGACCGUCAGCGAGAACUCGCUCCUCGAUUCGCAAGAGAAGGCUUCAAGUCUGUUCCUCGUCUGCUCGAUUGCGCUGCCCAGCAGUGUUCGGCCUCUCUCUCCUCCAAAGUGGCCGGUGACAUCAACCUGUUCCUCACCCUCCUCUCGACCCGUCCUGGAACUGUAGCCCUGUCGGGCUACGUCGGUCCUUUUGCUCAACUCGAUCGUGCGACUCGCGAAAAGAUCAUAUAUGGCUGGUUUACCUCCCGUCUCUCGCUUCUCCGAAAGGCAUCGGCCGGGCUCAAGGGUAUCAUCCUUCUCGUCUAUUAUCGCAACCACCAACCAGCUUGGGAAGCCAUCGGCUACCCAGACGGCCGAGCCGACGACUGGACUCGUCCAGCGCAAGGUGGCGAGGCAAGUCCUGCCGCACCUGUGUACGAGUACAAGUUCGAAAACGACAAGAUUGCCGCCCAGCCAUCUGGUUCCGAGAUCAUUGUCGACACCGAGGUGCUUGUCGUUGGCUCGGGCUCGGGAGGAGGCGUUGCCGGUAGCUACUUGGCGCAGCGAGGUGUGCGCACCCUGAUCGUCGACAAGGGUAUCUAUCUUCACCCGGAUAAGGUCGUCGGUCGUGAGGAUCAGGGCUAUGCUUUGCUCUACGAAGGAGAAGGUAUCUUGCCCUCCGAGGAUGGAUCCAUCAACAUUCUCGCCGGUUCGACCUUUGGCGGCGGGUCUUCCAUCAACUGGUCCGCUUCGCUCAAGCCACGCCACUUUGUUCGCAGAACUUGGGCCGAGAAGUACGGCGUUCCUUACUACAACAGCCCCUUCUUCACGUCGGACCUGAAUGCUGUCUGCAGCCGCAUGGGAGUGGCGGUCGCUCCCAUCCGUCACAACAUUGGCAAUUCGCUCCUCGCGCUCGGUGCCCAGCGUGCCGGCCACCCGGUCGAGCCUGUGCCGCAGAACAGUGGCGGUCACACCCACUACUGUGGCAAGUGUCAACUGGGCUGUAUCUCGGGACACAAGCAGGGCGGCGUCGUGUCGUGGCUCAAGGAUGCCGCCGAAGCCGGCGCUGCCUUUAUGACAAAUUGCUAUGUGGAGCGCAUCCUUUUUGACAAGAACAAGCGUGCCGUCGGUGCUCUCGCCACCGUCGAUGGACGAAAGAUUAAGAUCCUGGCUGCCAAGGGCGUCGUCGUGUCGUCCGGUUCGAUUCAGACGCCCGCGCUGCUGCUGCGCUCGCCCGAGCUCAAGACCAACAAGAUGAUCGGCCAGACGCUUCGCCUUCAUCCUGCUACCAUCGUCACGGGCUACUACAACUUCCCUAUCAAGCCGUGGGAGGGCGGAUUGCUCACCAUGGUCGACAACUCUGCCGAGUUGGUCGACAAGGACGGUUGGGGCUGCAAGAUCGAGGUGAUCGCUUCAUCGCCUUCGAUCCACGCCGCCUUCAACAACUUUGCCAGUCCCAAGGAGCACAAGUCGCGCAUGCUUCGCUACAGCCAUAGCUACACAAUGGUGAUCAUCUGCCGUGACCGCGACGGCGGCCGCAUUGUGCUCGACGAAAAGGGACAGGCACGCAUUGACUACACCAUCUCUUCGUUUGAUCAGCGCACCUUGGUCCAGGGUAUCCUUCGCGGGGCCGAUGCGCACCUGAUGGCUGGCGCAGAGGUCAUCUGCACGGCACAGGCUGCCGUGCCCGCUUUCGUCCCCAGCACGCUCGGUUCUGGCAAGCCCGUCGCCAACGGCGCACCCACAGCUGUCGUGCCUCCUUCCGACAACAUCUUCACCGAGAGCACGCAGGUGCCUGCCACGUUCACGCCUGUCGAGACAACCCCUCGCGAUCUAAACGACCCCGCCUACAAGGAGUGGCAGAAGAAGGUCGUGACCGCCGGCGCCCAACCUUACAUCCUUUCGAUCGGCUCGGCUCACCAGAUGGCUUCAUGCCGCAUGGGUGCCAGCCCCAAAAUCUCUGCUCUUGACCCCGAAGGACGCGUCUGGGGCGCCAAGAACCUGUGGGUGGCCGAUGCUUCGGCCAUGCCCGAGUCAAGCGGUGUCAAUCCUAUGAUCACGACCAUGGCUACCGCCCGUGGCGUCGCCCGCAACGUUGCCCGCGAAAUUGGCGCUGUUGCUCCAAUCGAGCUUCGCUCCGAGGGUGCUCGCGAGCAGGCUCGUCUGUAG